GCCAUUUGGGGCCUCAGUAGUCAAUCAACGGGUCCCGGCCAGUGAUUCCCUGCCGGCACCCGGAGAUUUCAACGGGAAAGAGACCUGUAUGUAAACAAUACAGAUCUCUCUCCUGUCAGCUCAUGCACACUGCUUUGUAUGGCUCUGUAUAGAAGAGCCAGUGAAACACACACACAGCCCCCAUAGUAAAACAACACACAGCACACAGUUAAGCCUUUGAUCGCCCCAGAUGUUAACCCCUUUCUGCCCAGUGCCAUUAGUACAGUGUCAGUGCUUUUUAUUAGCACUGAUCACUGUAUUGGUGUCACUGGGGAUGUCAGUGACACCAAGUCAGUUCCCCCCAGUGUCAGAAUGCCCACCACAGUCCUGGUAUAAGUCGCUG